CGGGGGGGGGGGUGGGUGGGAGACCAGGGGAUGGUUGCCAGUGUGCCAUGAAGUCUGAGAGCCGACCUGGAGGGACUUCGUUUUAAAGGGCCCAAUUGCACCAUGUCUGCCCCACAGCUGGACGACACAGACAGUGUUUUUGACUUGAACGAGGCCAUCCCUGAGACAGAGCUCCUGGACAACAGCAUUCAGAAGGGGCGUGCCCAGCUCUCUGUCAAGUCCAGGAGGCACCGCCCCUCUCGGUCUCGCUUCAGAGACAGCGUCAGUUCCACAGAGGGAGAUGACAGUCUGGAGAGAAAGUGUCAGGACAGCCCUCUCCACUCUGCCCGCUCCCCUCUCCACUCAGCCGUGCGAGGAGGCUCCUCGCCAUCGCCUGACUCGCUCCUCUCCCUGUCCUCGCCUUGUUCCACCUUACGGAGCCCCGCCUUCUCCUUCGACACCUCCUCCUUACGCCGCUCGCCGGAGGAAGGCGGCACUGGGUCUCCAGCCCCUCGGGGACGGUACCGCCUGCUGACCAAUGCCACGUCUCAGGAGGCCCUAGUGACCACGCCCGCCAGUUCGCCCUCCAAGUCCUGUCCAAGUUCGGACUGCUCGCCUGUAUACAUGCGCCGGGAACGACGCCCGGAAAGCGAGGUGUUGGUUUCAGAUGGCAGCAGAGACACCAGUCCGGCUGAGUCUGGCAACCCCGGCCUCAUCUUCGACAAGAAGACCAAGAGAAGGUUCCUGGACCUGGGGGUCACACUGCGACGCUCCUACGUGAGAGUCAGGAAGGAGUCAAACAGACUGUCUAUGGGAAGCAGGGAGCCAUCUGAGAGCCCAUCUAGGUCCUCUGGCUCAUUCGUGCCUUUCUCCUGGUUCACUGAUAGCGCCAGGGGCUCUGUGUCAUCCGGGGGAACCCCCCCCUGCUCCCCAAAACUUGUCUCACAGGACUGCAGUCCCCGCAAAUCCAACUCCCAGGAGUCUGCCCUGAGUGAUGAGUUCUCCCCACUCCCCUGCAGCCCCCCCCACUCCUCCAGCGCGACCACGGCCGACUCCUCCUCCCGGGCGUCGCACCCAUACCAGACCUUAUCCCAGUCAUCAGAUGAGCCCACUGAUGAUCCUCUGUGUCUGGUGUCCUCGUGGAGCAGCCAGCAGGUGUGCCAGUGGCUGAAGGGUCUGAACAUGGAGCAGUAUAUCCCAGAGUUCUCUGCUAGGGAAGUUGACGGGGAACAGCUGCUCCAGAUGGAUGGGACCAAACUAAAGGGUUUGGGAGUAAACAGCUCUACGGACCGCAGUGCGCUGAAGAGGCGGAUCAAAGACAUUCACGUAGCAGCGGAGAAGGAACGCAAGGCUCUGGAAAAACUGGAACGGCAGAAAGAAAAGCAGCGCAAGAAGGAGGAAGAGCUGCGGAAGCUAAACGCGAGCUAAACACAAUGACGAGACUCAGCUACAUUACCAACUCCUGACUAAAACCUGGUGCCUGUACACAAUCGCCAAUUUUCAUAAUGUCAUUGUAGCAUCGAUAAUAAAUAAAAAAUUUUGGACUUGCACAUGGCCUGUACAUCCAGGUCGGAUUGCAGGUUUUGGACCCAGUGAUAGGUGGGACUGUGUGUCGUCAAUCACUGACCCGUGAUAAAUAACAGAAUGAAAGCUCCAUGCUCUUCAUGUCUAAGGGCUUUCUUUUAGACCAAUCAGUGUUUGACGCUACAUGAUAGUCCCGCCCACAAUGGGGUUCAGAUGUCCCAUUAUUCCCGGCUAUGAAAAAUGUAUUCUUCUUGGUCAGUUAGCUUAUCUGUAAGGUGGUCCAUCCUUGUGAAAGAUUCUGGUAAUAUUUUGUUAACCAAUGUAUACUGCAUUGUUAAGUCCCUCUACACACAUUCAACGCAUUGACUAAGACAUUAUACUUUUCCCAUAACGGUUGUCUGUUCAAAGAUUCAUUACGAAUCACACACAAUCCCAGUGUCCACAGCCAAAUCCCCGCUCAUGUUAGUAUCCAAGAAUACUCAGAAAUUCGCUAUGAGCUUUUAUUAUUUCACAUAGGCACAAGCCAGUACCAUUCGGCAACAUUCACAUGGAGGCAUCAACACUCAUUGAUACUGGACAGGGGUUGGUGUUUAACCUCAAGUAAGAUUUACCCAGGUUUGUUCAAAUCAUUGAAUAGAAAAAUAGCUGACAGAAUAUUUCAGAAGAUAUCUGUAUAUACUGUAUGUUCGUGGUUUACGUGCAUGUUUGUAACGUGUGAUAUACUGUUGGUUUAUGUACUUAGUGUGUGUGUGCGUGCGUGUGUGCGUGCGCACGUUGUUUGAGGUAAAUGUACGGUGACAGGGCUGGCUGUCCUGAAGGAAUUCUUCCAAGGUGGUUCGAGUUAGGACACUUUAAAAUGCUGCCAAUCUUCUGUUGCCACUCCCAGGUUGCAGCCCUUAUCAUUAUAUGCCUUGGGCUUGCUGCUGGACUCCAGCUCGUCAAAACGGGCACAUCAAUUAUUUCGGAAGAACAAUGGCCCUGGCGGAGGACUAAUGCUCUUCGGAACAUAGGCCCAGUUCGUCCAGCUGACUCAUGGCGAAGUCUUGGACUGACCCAUGGUCAGAGGAACCGGUGGCAUGGACUGUAGCCCCGUUCCAAUAAGUUUACGCAGCACGUGGCUGUUAGAGCUAAUUUCCUGAUUUCUGUCCUCCCAUGAUGCUUGUUCUCUCAUGAUGCUGUUUCAUUUUUUUUCAUCUCCUGUGUCAAAAUGAAAGUAUGUAAUAAAUAUGUUUUAAAAUGCAGAAUGCAUGUUGGCACUUCCAAA